UUAUCCAUAAAAUUUCCAUGAUCAUUACAGUCUCCAACUCCAACUUCCAUACCUGCUCCUUACUGUAUCUGUCUCACUGAUGGCGUCCUCUCUCUCAUCGCCGAGCUACUACCUGUCGACAUCACGGCCGUCAAAUAAACGGCCAUUUCUAUCUUCAACCUCCUUAUCGCCGGUGCUUCUCCGGAGAAAUUCUACGGCGGCAGUUUUUUCACCAGAAAACUUGAAAUCGAGCUUUUGGGGCGGCAAAUGUGGAAGGAAUUUGUAUAGGGAAGGUGCUAUUGUCAGAGCUGAAGAUAAGGCCAGAAAUUCAUCAUCUCCACCGCAGUUGAAGGAGUUGACACCUACAUCAGGAGAAUGUGAUCCAAUAUGUUCUGUUGAUGAAACAAGCUCCCAAGAUUUAGAAGCAAAUUACCAGCCCAAGACUGACUUGCUGAAAGCUCUUGCUAUUUUUGCAGUUGCUGUGGCAGGUGCAGUAGCCAUUAACCAUUCCUGGGUUGCUGCUAAUCAGGAUCUUUCUAUGGUUUUGCUAUUUGUAAUAGGAUACACCGGGAUAAUAUUUGAGGAAUCUCUGGCCUUCAAUAAAAGUGGAGUAGGUUUGCUCAUGGCAGUAAGCUUGUGGGCAGUACGUUGGAUAGGGGCUCCAUCUAACGAGGUAGCUAUGUCAGAGCUAGAGCAUGCCACUGCUGAAGUCAGUCAAAUUGUAUUCUUUCUGCUAGGAGCAAUGACAAUUGUCGAAAUAGUUGAUGCUCAUCAGGGAUUUAAGCUUGUAACUGAGAAUAUUACAACACGUAAACCACGCACUCUCUUAUGGGUGGUUGGUUUUGUAACCUUUUUCCUGAGUGCAAUUCUUGACAACCUGACAUCUACAAUAGUCAUGGUUUCUCUGUUGAGGAAACUAGUUCCCCCAUCUGAGUACCGCAAGAUUCUUGGGGCUGUUGUUGUCAUAGCUGCGAAUGCUGGAGGUGCAUGGACUCCCAUUGGCGAUGUCACAACUACUAUGCUCUGGAUUCAUGGUCAGAUAUCCACACUGCCAACCAUGAAGGCCUUGAUUAUACCUUCUGUUGUUUCUUUGGCUGUCCCAUUGGCCCUUAUGUCUCUUACAAGUGAAGUUAAUGGGAAGGGACUAGAAUCUUCCAGUGUCAUGGCAUCAGAGCAGAUGGCACCUCGAGGACAGCUUGUUUUUGCAGUGGGGAUUGGUGCUUUGGUGUUUGUCCCCGUGUUCAAAUCCCUUACUGGUCUUCCUCCGUAUAUGGGUAUGCUUUUAGGACUCGGUGUUCUCUGGUUAUUAACAGAUGCCAUUCACUAUGGUGAAUCUGAAAGACAGAAACUGAAAGUACCUCAAGCUUUAUCUCGAAUCGAUACUCAAGGCGCUCUUUUCUUCUUAGGGAUUCUAUUGUCUGUUGCCAGCUUGGAAGCAGCAGGAAUCCUGCGGGAGCUGGCAAAUUACCUUGAUGCUCAUAUACCAAAUAUUGAACUUAUUGCAAGUGCAAUAGGGGUAUUUUCAGCGAUUAUAGAUAAUGUUCCUCUUGUUGCAGCAACAAUGGGAAUGUAUGAUGUUACUUCUUUUCCGAAAGACUCUGAAUUCUGGCAGCUGGUUGCAUAUUGUGCUGGUACUGGUGGCUCCAUGUUAAUUAUUGGAUCUGCUGCCGGAGUUGCAUUUAUGGGCAUGGAAAAGGUUGAUUUCUUUUGGUACUUCAAGAAGGUGAGUGGUUUUGCAUUUGCUGGUUACGCUGCUGGAAUUGCAACUUACUUGGCUCUUCAUAAUCUUGAUAUCUCUCUGCCUACUCUGCCUACUACACUCGCUCAUAUUCCAUUCCUGUCUGGCUGAAUAUCUUUCUUAGAACUCGCACUAAAUACAGUCUGGAACCUCUAAAUGUUGAGAUUAGGGUUCAGAGUACUUGUGAAUAAUCAGACGGCAUGCCUAAGAAGCUCAUGUUGAUUUUGUUACCAGGCGCAAAUUUUACUUGAUGAAUGUUUUGUAAUCCUUUUCUUAAAAACAAAAGGGUGCCAAUGAAUGAGAAUUAUGGGAAGCUUCCCCAAUACAUCAAGAGAUUAGGUUCAUAGGAAACAAGUUUUAGCAUAUACAUUGCAAGUUUGUUAUUAUGUUUUGGAAACAAACGUCUAAACAAAAACAAUAAUACAUAUGUUUUGAGUUUGA